AUGCCGACGGGCACGAUCAAGAAUUUCUUCGAAGACAAAGGCUUCGGCUUCAUCACGCCCGAUGACGGAGGCGAGGACGUUUUCGUGCAUCGCAAGUUGCACGGCGACGGGCAAGAUCGCACUGCGUACCUCUCACAAGGUGACGCUGUCACCUAUGAAGUGGAAUGGGACGACCGCAGGAGCAAGUUUAAUGCCUCUUCCUGCAUCGGCCCAUGGAAGACAGGCGGUGGCGGUGGAGGCGGCGGUUGGGGCGGCGGUGGCAAAGGCGGAGGUGAUUGGGGCGGUAAAGGUGGCUGGGGCGGUGGUGGCAAGGGCGGCGGAUGGGGCCCGUACUGA